UAUUUCUCUCUGAGCACACGUUGGCCAUAGCUAAGUCUUUUCACAGUUGGUGCGCAGUGCUAUGUACAAAGAAUACCUACCUGAUGGGGAAUAUUUGACUGGAGGACCUUAAUUUUCUCAGAAGGUGUUGGGGAGUUCCAAGGGAGUCAUACACACACACACACACACACUUCAUGGCUAAGCUGAGCUACAGGCAUUACUGCUGGUCCACCUGCAAUGGAAUAAGGCACAGAACUGGAGUCACUGGAUAGUGGAGUUGGCCACAAUCUCAGUGAAGACCAAGUGCAGUUAUCCGUGGUGCCAUGAGGGACCGCAUAGAGGAGCUGCGGCAGAGAGCCAAAGAGUCCAGCGACGACUUGCAUCCCUCCAACCCUUUCGGCGACGACUAUGAUGAAGACGACCAGUUUCCUACAAGGCCCGAGGCUGUCAUCUUCGAAGAGGAGCCGGUGCUGGAGAACUACCUGAUCGAAGCUCAGCGCAUUCGCGAAAGCAUCAACGAGCUCGAGGCGGAGGUGAAGAAGUUCAGCCAGCAGCAGCGAAACCUGGUGGCCACCAUGAGGCGUUUCAGCGUCAUGAAGAAGGAGAGCAGCAUCACGCGGGACAUCAAGCUCCAGGCCGAGAGCCUCCACAAGAAGCUGGACAUGCUGUCCAAGCAGAGCAAGAGUGUGGAGGUUCACCUGGGCCCCAACACAGCCAUCGUGCGCAUUCAGAAAUCCCAGCACGCCACGCUGUUCUUGCAUUUCCAAAGAGUGAUGCGCCUAUACAAUGACUCUCUGCACAGCAAGCAGGACAAGUGCAAGCAGUUCAUCAGGCGGCAGCUGGAGGUGUCCGGUCGAGCGGUGACCGAGGCCGAGGUGGACGACAUGGUGGAGCAGGGGAAGUGGCAGGUGUUCAACGAGAACGUCUUGCUGGACUCCAAGAUCACUCGCCAGCAGUUGUCGGAGAUAGAGCAGCGGCACAAGGAGCUGUUGAACCUGGAGAGCAACAUGAAGGACCUCAGAGACCUCUUUCUGGACAUCUUCUUGCUGGUGGAGGAGCAAGGCGAAUACAUUGAGCGGAUACAGACAAACGUGGAGAGGACACAGGAUUACGUGCAGGUCACAAAUGAGAAAUUCAAAAUGGCUGCCAGGUAUAAAAAGAAGAAUCCUUUAAGGAGACUACUGUGCUGUUGCUGUCCUUGGAACUGGACGUGCUGCUGCUGACAACAGCUUGUGGAUGUUUUGUCGAAAGUGAAAUUUCAGGCACAAUGCACUUUAACGCACAAUUGCACAAGUUCAAACACACACAACAAAGACACUUUGUAUAUGCUGUCCCUUUGAAAAAGAUAUUGACUAAAAUAUCCCAGUGAUCAAAGACAGUGAUUUAGGUAAUGAACUAAAUGAAUAGGCAAUAUUAAGAAAUAAAUUAACAAUUUCUUCAGCAAACAUGCAUGUUAAUACUGUACCUUUGGCAAAGAGGCGAUGUUUUCCUGAUGAAGGAAUAGCCCCUCCAUUGACUUUAUUAAGAUCUAUAAUAGUUCCCACAAAAUGCUCAAUGCUUAAUCUGAACGGCCAAGCACAGGUAUGAAUAUCUAAGCAAAGGUCUGUACUAUUUGUGUACAGUAGCAGCAUAUAGGAACAUUUAGUAGGAUACACAUAUGUGAAUCAUGAACCUAUAAAUGCUGGUAAAAUGGCCUCAUGGCCGGACUGGAUGGCAAGUUAACAUUCUCUUAUUUGCCACAAUAGUCUACUGACACAUUUUCAAAAAUCAGGUCAAUACGCUGAUAACUCACUGUCACUUAACACUUGGCAGUGAACAUUAAAUCCUGACAAUGGGGAGUGUUGAGAAAAUGACCCAAACGCUGUGUAUUGCAUUGUACUGUAUAUGACUGCCAGGACCUGUGAUGAAAUUCAACCUGUGACAUUUCUAAUCAUAGACAGUAUUUAUCCGAUAUUUCAUAUUAUAUUGCUUAGCUUAUUGAAAGUUUCGCUGAACUAAAAGCAAUGAGAGCCAUGAGAAUGGAUUUUCAUACAAUGGCCAAGAAAUCUGAUAAUGAGCCAGUCACGCACACAUAUCAAAUAUCAGGUCACACAGUGAAGUAGUUGGACCCUCCCAUCUUGCACACACACCUGGAGAGAAGUGAAGAGGAGGAGGGCCACAGGCGCCGCACAGGGAUAACAUUACCAAGUUUACCAAACUGAGUCAACAACAGCACGAUGACUAAAGGGUGCACAGGGAACAAUGUGGUCACUCCCUUUGACGGGUCUCAGAGGAGGAAAAGAAUUCCAAUCUUUACAGUAAAAGGCUGAAUGAGCAAUGUGUCAAACUUCAUCAUUUUGUCGUAUGUGUACAUGCAGUAGGCCUACAUACACCAUCUAAAAGCGUCUUGUAAAAAUAUGGCUUGAUCGCAGCUAAACUCAGCUGUAAAAUGAGGAUAUAACAAUUACCUUAUCUCUGGCUUCCAUAA